AGAAGAUUGUUUGCACAAAUGGUAACGGUCACUGUGCGUACUGUUCGACCAAGCCAAUAUGCCAUAAUUGCCCUUAAUCUCUUUCUCUCCUUCACCUGCAAAAACAGUUUGGCUCCUCUCUCCUUCGUCCUCUAUUCUCGAUCAAUCCGUCUCUCUGAUGAAGAAGGCAAACGAGCUCUCGAUCCUCUGCGACGCCAAGGUCGGUGACAUCGUCUUCUCCAGCACCGGAAUGGUUUACUAUUUCUCCAGCGAAGGUAUGGAGCACAUUCUCUCUAAAUAUGGAUACAGUGCUGCUACGUCUGGUCAUAGACAAAAGGAAGAACAACAACUUCUACUUUGUUCUUCCCAAGAUAAUGGUGAUUUGUUGUGGACAGAUGAAUCUUUGACGAGUGAGCUUGAGAGAUUACAGCUUGCAAUUGAGAAAAUCAAGGGUAAAGAGUUUGAGGGUAUGAGUUCAUUUCUCUUGAGAUCGAAAGGUGAAGAAGACAAAGAACAUUCUUUAUUCAAAAGAUUCUGUUUUAAGACAUCCUUGUUUCAUUUCAUUUUGUUACCAUAGACGGAGGAGAAAGUGGUAAAUUCCAAUUGUCUCAUAUAUCCAAUCCCCUUAGUAUUAA